AUGAAGCACCUCUCCUGUGAGCCCUGGGCAGCCCUCGCUGUGCUCCUCCUCACCGCUGCCCUCUGGGAUUCCUGCUCAGCAGCAGCUGAAGACAUCUCCAAUGCUUCAACAACUGAGUAUGAACCACCGUGUCUUAACGUGAACUUCUGCAGGCAAGCGGCCACGUGCUGCCCUUCGGGCAUGGAUGACUACGGGUGGAUCGCAGCAGCUGUUGGCUGGAGCCUCUGGUUUCUGACCCUCAUCCUGCUCUGCAUGGACAAGAUCAUCAAACUCCGGCCUGAUGAACCCAAAUACUUGGCCUGA